AUGAGCGGUGCACUGAGAGUCAUCGAGCAGUCGCCGAGAGAGAGCGACUACACCACUCUUCAGGCGCACCAAGAGGAGACACCGACGAGCUAUUACGAGGGCAAGCCCGUGCUGCACCACAAAGUCCAGAAUGCCACCUUGAAGGUGUCGGAGCAGGAGCUGGCCAGCAACUCUGCUCUGCGCGCAUUACGCACCUCUGCCGGCCCUGGUGCAGGCCCGCAUGCUUCUCCUCACUCACAUACCAACGGCGACGGCGAGGAAUCAAGAGUUGAAGUUACCAUCACACGCAUUCAGAUCUGGGUAUCAUCCGACAUCUUUACCCUCUGGAGUUCUACUGCUGGAACCGGUGUCCAAAUUCCCUACCGGACCAUCUCGUUACACGCGCGCCAACAGAACGCCCUGUACAUUCAACUAUGCCUAAGCGACAUCUCACAGACCGCCGACGACGACCUUGAGACUGUCGAGCUCCUCUUGACACCCGACCCUACCGUCGACGGCAAUGCCACCGAAGCUGCCGAGCAACUCUUCAACGCCGUUUCUGCUUGCGCCGAUCUACACCCCGACCCGGAUGAGGAUGAUGAACAAGAGCAAGAGCCGGAACCCGGCACUGGAGGUUGGAUUACUGCCGAUAACAUGCAAGACUUUAUGGAUGAGAAUGGCGAGUUCCGUAUGCCCGAGGGCGGAACUCUUGGUGCUGGAGCUGGUUCGGUGAGGACUGCCGAUCAAUUCGAGGAUGCUGAUGCUGGCGAUGAGGUCGACGGCGAAGACACAUCCGAUGAGACCAAGUGGCGCCGAACAAGUUGA